AUGCCUCAGCUCUCGGGAGGCGGCGGCGAUCCGGAGCUCUGUGCCACCGACGAGAUGAUCCCCUUCAAAGACGAAGGUGACCCCCAGAAGGAAACCAUCUUCGCCGAGAUCAGCCACCCGGAGGAAGAAGGAGACCUGGCCGACAUCAAGUCUUCGCUGGUCAACGAGUCGGAAACCAUCCCCAGCAGCAACGGGCACGAGGUGUCUAGACAAGGCCAGUCUCAGGAAGUUUAUGAAAAAAGCAGAGAACAUCCUGAAGAAGGCAAACACAUAGAUGGUGUUCUGUACAAUAAAGGACCUUAUUCUGGUUAUUCCGGGUAUAUCAUGAUGCCAAAUAUGAAUAAUGACCCAUAUAUGUCUAAUGGAUCUCUCUCGCCACCAAUUCCUAGAACGUCCAACAAAGUCCCUGUGGUGCAACCUUCCCAUGCAGUCCACCCUCUCACUCCACUCAUCACCUACAGCGAUGAACACUUUUCUCCAGGGACACAUCCUUCACACCUCCCCUCAGACGUCAACACAAAACAAGGCAUGAAUCGGCAUCCUCCAGGUCCUGAUAUUUCCACCUUUUAUCCCUUAUCGCCUGGCAGUGUUGGGCAGAUAACCCCACCACUUGGCUGGCAAGGGCAGCCUGUAUAUCCCAUCUCAGGUGGAUUCAGGCAUCCCUACCCAUCCUCACUUUCAGUCGACACUUCCAUGUCAAGGUUUUCACAUCAUAUGAUCCCAGGUCCUCCAGGACCCCACACAACUGGAAUCCCUCAUCCUGCAAUUGUAACACCUCAAGUCAAACAAGAACAUCCACACACAGACAGUGACUUAAUGCACGUGAAGCCUCAGCAUGAACAGAGGAAAGAACAAGAGCCCAAAAGACCUCACAUUAAGAAACCUCUGAACGCUUUCAUGUUAUACAUGAAAGAGAUGAGAGCGAAUGUUGUAGCAGAAUGUACUCUGAAAGAAAGUGCAGCCAUCAACCAGAUCCUCGGCAGAAGGUGGCAUGCCUUGUCGCGUGAAGAACAAGCAAAAUAUUACGAACUCGCUCGGAAAGAAAGGCAGCUACACAUGCAACUGUAUCCUGGCUGGUCUGCAAGAGACAACUACGGAAAGAAGAAAAAGAGGAAGAGAGAGAAGCUACAGGAGUCAACAUCAGGUACCGCCCCACGAAUGACAGCUGCCUACAUCUGA